CGCAGCCUCGAGUUGAUCUCUGUGACAGACUCUAUUGCACGGAUUCUUUGAUUGCAGUCUAAUACUUGGUAGACUCUGCGCCAUCUUGCCUUUGUAUUCCGGCCACUCUUCGAACACCUCACCAUGAAUAUAAUAGAAUGGGCCUUUGGCAAACGCAUGACCCCAGCCGAGAGGCUACGCAAACACCAACGCGCUCUGGAGAAGACCCAACGUGAACUGGACCGUGAGCGUGUAAAACUAGAGAAUCAAGAGAAAAAGCUUGUGGCAGACAUCAAGAAGAGUGCAAAGAAUGGGCAGAUUGGAGCCUGCAAGAUCCAGGCAAAGGACCUGGUCAGAACGAGGAGGUAUAUUCAGAAGUUCUACCAGAUGAGGACGCAACUGCAGGCAAUUAGCUUGAGGAUACAGACUGUCCGGAGCAAUGAACAAAUGAUGCAGUCCAUGAAAGGAGCUACUAUGCUACUUGGGAGCAUGAAUCGUCAGAUGAACCUGCCUGCUCUACAGCGAAUCGCUAUGGAGUUUGAACGCGAGAACGAUAUCAUGGAUCAGCGCCAGGAGAUGAUGGACGAUGCUAUUGACGAUGUCACCGGGUUGGAAGAUGAAGAGGAAGGGGAAGAAGUGGUGAAUCAGGUGCUGGAUGAAAUCGGUGUCGAUCUGAAUAACGCGCUCGGUGAAACGCCAACUGGGAUACAGAAGGCGGCAGUACCGGAAGGCCGCGUUGCUCAGGCAAUAGGAGGCGGAGGCGAGGAUGACGACUUGCAAGCUCGCUUGGAUAGUCUGCGGAAGUAGGACUGAGAGCAGGAAUCUCUGGAAAGAAGCUUUGCAUGUUGAGCACGGCGCCAGGCGUCAGAGUAGACGGGAUAUGUCUUGGCCUAUUAUUUCCUUAUUGCAAAUAACUGUCUACAGUUACGACUCAGUGCCACCAGGGAGGCUUUACGCCAAUCUAUUUCUUUUCCUCUUGACUGGGACAUCGCAAGAGCUGAAGUGUUGCAUUGCGAAUGGCUACAUACUUAGGAAAGUUGCCGCGACUAGCACUUAACGCUGCUAUCACAGAGAAGACACAAUGUUCCCUUCGCAUCAGAAAUUGUAACUUAUGAUCAAUAGACGGGUGAGACUCAUCAAGUAACUCCGCAGACAAGCC